AUGGGUGACAUGAUUCCAGAGAGCACCCGGCCAGUUCGGACCAUGGUAGUCGGCGACUCCAUGUCUCAAGGCCGUGAAGGGGACUUUGCAUGGCGAUAUAGGCUAUGGCAGUGGCUCACAGAAGAGAAGAUCAACUUUGAAUUUGUUGGUCCGUAUGAAGGAACAAAGACUCCGGAUCAACCUCGUCCACCGCAACCACCGGCUCUGAAAGACGACCCGCUACCAGCACCUGACAUGCCAAUAGACCAUGGCGGCUAUGCUGCAGGCGUGCACUUCAACUCUCACCACUUCUCAGUUUGGGGUCGCCAAGCAACACAGUGUAAAGACCUCAUCGAGGAGCAGGUGGCGCGAUUCAGGCCUGACUAUCUGCUUGUUAUGCUUGGCUUCAACGACAUGGGCUGGGGUGUCGCAGAUGCCGAAAAUACUCUCGGUGCCAUGAAGAAACUCGUGGAUAAUGCACGCACUGCGAAAUCAGAUAUCAACUUCGCUCUUGCUGACGUACCGAUGCGGACGCCAAUUGAUGGGGCAGAGAAACUUCCUGCCAUGGUGGAAGAGUACAACCAGCUUCUACGAACAUCAGUGCCAAAGUGGUCAUCCUCUGAGUCUCCGGUUGAGUUGGUGGAGGUCCGGCGUGGAUACCAUUGUUCCCAAGGAAGUUACGAUGGAUUACAUCCAAAUGCUUUGGGCGAAUUUCAGAUUGCAAGAGCCUUCUCUCGGACUUUGUCCCGAAAGUUUCGCAUUGGAACCCAAGAUCUCACUAUUCCACAAGAGAUCCCACAAAGACCGACGCCAGUGCCGGCGAAUGUUGUCGCGGAAGCAGUUCCCUACGGAAUUUGUGUUAAAUGGAAUCCGGUAUACGGCGCUAUCGGCUAUGAUGUCAGAAUUCGCAAUGAUGACAACCUGCCAUGGAAGGAGUCGAGAACAGAUGUUGCCCAGUACAACUCGACGUGGACCCAAGAAGGGCAGGAGUAUCAGUACCAAGUCCGGACCUUUAAUGGAGAGGGCCUUAGGUCCGCCUGGUCUCAUACGGUCUCAGCAACUGCUCACCCGAAAACAGCCCCGGGGCCUAGGAAGAUAAUCACCAAACCUGACCUGUAUCAGGUCCUUGUCAAAUGGGAAGAGCCUCAGGGGCAAAUCGAAGUGGACCGAUACGAGAUCAUCCUCGUAGACCUCUCAUUACCGGGAUCUUUUCCGACUGCUAUGGCGCUGAGAGAGACUGCGACAACAUUCACCGACCUAUCGGCAGGCCAUCGGUAUGGGUUGGCGAUCAGUACUUGGACAAACUACGGAGGUGGUGUUCCGGCAGGAGGCCGGAGCUUCAUUGCUGGCAACGGCAAGCCACCGACUCCGACUCAGCUCCAAGUUGAGGUUCAGAAUUCCAUCACCGUGCACCUAAAGUGGGAAGAGUCGAAGGGCGCAGCGGGAUAUCGCGUGUGGGUGCGGAACCUAGUCGAGAGAUCGGACUUCGAAGAAGACGGAGAAACUGAAUUUGCGGAAUAUGGUAUUGCAUUUCUGAUGCCAGGCGCUUGGAACUUUGAGUUUUGUGUUUCUGCAUACAACGGAAGCCUUGAGUCGGAGAGAUCAGGCAGCAUUAUCUUCUGGGUCAACUUUCUCGAAAAGCAUCAACGCGAACCCAUCCAGUGCGCCAUUUUCGAUUCAUGGAGCACGUUAUCCCGAGCGGGCACAGCGAAACUGAGGGCAGAACAUGACAACUUUACUAAGCACGGGAAGAAAAAGGUUGCUCGAGGAAAGUCUUUCACGUAUGAGGACUUGAAUCACUCAGCCCAAAAUGGCUGUGGGAGCUGCAAGGCUCUGAACACUAUGUUCGAUAGCGCACUUACCAAGAAUUUUGGUCCAAUUGCCCCCUCUACGACAUUCCGCUGGACGGGAAAAUUCAGUGGCACUCUAGAAAUGGAUGCUCCCGAUGGCAAAGUGUACUAUGUCAGACUUUUCAACGUGGCGGGGUCCAGCAAUGUCUUUCGCCGAUUACAAUCGACCAACGGCGUGGCCGGGGAUACCUCUUCCGAUCUAAGCUUGCAGAGAAUUCGGACUUGGAUCAAUGACUGCGAACUACACAACAAAUGUGGCACGGGAAAAGACAUGAAAUUGCCUACGAGGCUCGUUGAUGUGUCUCAGCCCGGAGACAGACUUGGAGUCCAUCUAGUAGUUACAUCUGGACAAAUAGGCACAUACAUGUGUCUGAGCCACUGCUGGGGAAAGAUCAAGAUCAAAUGCAAAACGGAAACCGACAAUCUGAAAAGACAACUGGAGUCAAUACCUUGGUCUUUGCUUCCACCCAGCUUCCAACAGGCAGUCGAGAUCACGAGGAAGCUCGGGGUCCGCUAUCUCUGGAUUGACUCACUUUGCAUCAUCCAAGAUGACAAGAUAGAUUGGGAGAAAGAGGCAGCUCAGAUGGUCAACGUGUACCGCAACUCAUACGCCACAAUUGCCGUAAGCUGGUCUCAUGAUUCUGAGGGAGGCUGCUACUCAAAGACAAUUCCAAGCCAGUUCUUUCAGAUCACUACUGAAUUUGGCGACGAAUUCAGACUCGCCUUGAUAACCGGUGAAAAGCGGGACGAAAUGUCGGAAUACGCCAGGGUACAAGAGUAUUUCCCCCUUUUCAACAGGGCUUGGUGUCUUCAGGAACGUCUCCUCUCGCGGCGGAUCAUCCAUUGCAACUAUGGAGAAAUGGCAUUUGACUGUGCCAGCGGGUACUCAUGCCAGUGCGGAGGAGAGCAACACCAGAAUUGGCACAAUUUGAUACGGUUCUCCGGCACAUAUAUACCGCUACGAUCUCGGUCGAAGUACCUGGCACUGCUGAAUAACCCUAUGACAACUUCAAUAACCGCCAUCGCCACAAAGAGUGGGAAAAUCGAUCCUUAUGAGAGAUGGCACCGCGUUAUCGGCGAGUAUACCUGCCUCAAUCUUACGUUCACUGGAGAUAUGCUCCCGGCACUUUCAGGCCUUGCUCAUGAGACUGCUGAAGUGACAAAUGAUACCUAUCUGGCUGGUAUGUGGAAGAAUAAUCUUGAACAGGACCUCAUGUGGCGCGUUGUUACUGUGGCGGAUUGGAAGAAGCAACGCGCGAAGAUACUAAAACGAGGAUGGAUCGCCCCGACUUGGUCUUGGGCAUCCACAGGAAGUGGCUGCAAAGUAGACUAUCCUACAUUUCAGAAUGCCGAGUUAUUGGACUACAAGACUCCCGGGAUUAUGGAAACAGCCCAGAUAAGCUGUUCACCUUCUGGGGCUGACCUCUAUGGCUCGGUGUCCUUUGGCUUCCUGACAGCGGUGAUAAAGCGCCUGUCUAUCAUGAUACAGCGACCGUGCUCACACUGGGAUCGGAAGCGACGUUGGACAAAUUGGAUAUACGGCAGGUAUCUGCUUUAUGCCCGGGAAGACAAGCGAGAGUUUCGGGAAGAAUGUGCGCCUGUGACUGGUGAGGCACCACUUGAGUUUGGGACUGCGGAAUCGGAGGUAUGGGUUGACCCUUCAGUUGAGCGAAUGAAUUCCUGCUUCAUACGCAAUAGCCGACCUGAAGAAUUCCCGGAAUUGUGUAGGCAUUGCACCUUUCUUCCUGCUGAGUUGAUCUACAUCAAAGGUUAUGGUUUGGGCAGCAGGAAUGUACGGACAAAAGGCACACGGGAUUCUUUUCUUAUUGUUGCCAAGGACGCGACAAGUUCUUACAUCAGAGUAGGGUUAUUGGAGGUUAUUUGCGAUGAUUGGGCUGAAAGGCAGAUCUGGUAUCGAAACGUCUGGGCAGCUGCAAAGCCCGAGACAUCGAUCACAAUCUACUGA